AUACCACUAUGCCAUUGUUUAUUGCGCAGCACUGCUGAACGCACGUGUAUAUCUUAACGCGCACUGGCAUUUAAUCAACUCUAAUGCGAAAAAGCGCCUUUGAAAAACAAGCCACAACUUCUUGAAUGUAUAAAGCCCUACUUCAAAUCGAAAUUUAACACUUUGUGGCCUGUGCCAGCACACGGCAGACUCCAUCUUGAAUGAUCAAGAGCGCUGAACUUGAAUAAAAUCGCGUAUUUUCAUACGGUUCCGAGUGUUUCCGGGUUUGUGUUAAAUGCAUAGGUUUAUUUCAGAAUAGGAUUAUAUAUGAUUUAAGGAAAAUACCACUUGAGGGUAGAAAUGUUAGCUCGGUACAAGAGCUCAGUUUCUGGCAAGGGAGUGGUAAAAUAUUAUUAAUAGGACACGAAAUGUUAGAUUAAACGUACAUUUGAGCAUUUUAUGAAAUGUAUAAUUGUAUUUUGGGAUAAAGUGAAGCACAGGAGUUGAGGAGAGCUCCUCUCACAGGGGGUUGGGUUGCCGUGCCGAUUGGCUGCUGUUCAUAGACACAUACAGUCACGGGCUUGAAACAGAACCAGGGGCAGGUCGACAGCAAGGAAACCAUAAUCAUUGAAAAUGAAAAGUACAACGUCCGUAUCGUAACCCAAGAGGUUCUCUGGCCUACUACUGCAGCUGCGGCUGGGAUUUUCUUGAUCCACUUUCACAAUUUGGGAAAAAAGGUCAUUUGACGCGCACAAACGAAGAGUUUUCAAUAUCAGUGACAUUGGCCAACAUGUAAAUGAUAAUGAAGCAGUGCCAUUAUGAUUCGCCAACAUGUGCAUACUCUCAGUAAUGCAACACAUUGCCGUACCUGUCCACAGGUGCCUGAUCCACUAGAAAGUACAUGGAAAACAUCACCAACCAGCAGACAGACACUUGGCUUUAACCCUCGACCUUCCGGUCUCAUCUGUCUAUGGGUUAAAGUCUAAGUGUCAAAGUUUACUCACUUAUCAUCCCAAGAGAAGCCUUAGAGUUCUGACCUUUGGGAAUCAGGACCUGCCUCUGCCUGACAGGGACCCACAAGGCUUAUGGGACAGUGUGCACACAAGGAAUUCAGAUGGGGACGUGGUAGCCAGACUGAGUUGUUGACACAUCCGUCUCAAAAUGGAUGCAGCUUUGACUGACAGCUGCACGUCCCCACCCAGCCCUGAUUUUAGUCUGGACUCAUCCAGUCCGUUUGCAAAUGGACUGCACUUUGAGUCAAUACUGUUUGAAGAUGAGGACGAGGAUGAAGUUAUGGAUUCAGAGAUGGAGUCUCAACUGGAAAGAGCGUCAUGUGGCUCAAAUAAAGACCAUACAACAAAUACAAAUUUGAAGACAAAAUUGGAUGUCAAGUCUAGAAACAAAAUUUCAAAUGCUCACUCAUCUCUGGGACAAGAAGCUGUAUUUAAAGAGAAGUCUACAAGUGAUUGUGGGCUUUCUUCUCUUGUGAGCAGGUCUGCUGGGAUUAUAAUGAGAAAAAAAAUGAAAACAAAGGCUCUACCACCAGUGAAAUAUUUGGAGGGUGAAGUAAUUUGGGCUAAAUUCAACCGUAGACCAUGGUGGCCAUGUCAGGUGACUGUUCACCCAGUUGAGGGAGUUUACCACAGAAUUAAAGAGCCACCAGAUAGGACCAAUCGUCAGUAUUUCCUCAAGACAUUUGGGGAACCUGAAGAACAGGCAUGGGUCCCUGAGCGAUCUACUCAUAUAUUUGUGGGUGGAUAUCAGUUUAACAAUCUGCCUUUUGUGAGAGGAGGUGGACGCCAACAAGAUGAAAACACCAGACACUCUAUACCCAAGCGUUUUCUGAACUCUUGGAGAGCUAGUGUGGUUGAAGCGGAAGCACUUCUCCUGGAGAAGCCAAGGGUCACCACUCCCUGCUCAGACUUCACCAAAACAAUCUCUGAAGGAACUACAAAUAACACAGAAAACAAAUUGUCUGUGCCAGUGGAAUUACCCAACUUUAGUUCUCUGACCAAUGGAACAGUUACACAAAAAGACCAUCUGAACACCUUACCACAUAAUCAGGGGUCUAAAAACAAAAAGAAACCACGAAAGUCUUCAACAAAUUUUAAAAAAUCUGAGAAAUUUCUUUGUGAGAAGGAUAAGAUUAUGGAAGCUUUGGACAGUCCCUACUCUGACAUUGACUCUGUACCACAGAUCCGAAGAUGUCCCAAAAGCACUGAGCAAAUUUCGAAGCACUGCACUGUUAAUAAUCAGUCAAACUCAACCUCAAGUCAACUAACCAUUACAAAUGACAAAGAAGUAAAGAAGAAUGUGGAGAACCAGGGUGGCCUUUGGUUUAGCAAAACAGGGAAAGGUCAGGUCAAUGGGGGACUUAGUCGUGCUGGCAUUAAAUCUGUGAACUGUUCUUUUGGGAAGGUAUCUUGUAAAAUUAAGAUGCCAGAUUCCGUAAGCAUGAAACCCAAAGACAAUCACAUCACCGGAAUUGAACAUCUAUCUACAGAAGCCAGGAAAGCUCUCGAUAGGAGAGUGAAGUGCCUUCCAGCAAGUAGUCGCCUGAUGACAAGAGCACUGAAGGCAAUGGAGGAGGCAGAGUGGAUGAAGAAACAACUGGUAAACCAAGAGUCGGCAUCAAAUGUUGAAACAGAGAAUUGUGUAUCUUUUUCUGAUGUUACAAUGCCUGAAACAACAGAUUUAGACAACCAUGUCCCUUCACAGAAGAUGCCAACUACAGCAAGAUGUGAUCUGAAAGAGGUCUCAAACAGUAACAUACGCACCCAGUUAUCAUCGGAUCUUCUGAGUUGUAAAGAUGAUGCAAAUUUAGUCAAAUCUGAAGAUGAAGCUUCUUUGAUAUCUCAAGCACCUGUUGCCUUGCAUUCAUCCAAAUACAAACAAGAGAGUCAUGCUUCCGAUUCAUCUUCUAGUUCUACUCCAUCUUUGCGCUUAAAGAUGGAAGAUGUGGAAAACAUGAAAGAAAUAACCUUCAAAUCACUAACAAAUGAACAGAGUGGCCAGCCUUUGUCAUUUCAUCCCGAUGCAAACUAUAAGUUUAGCACAUUCCUAAUGAUGAUCAAGGAUAUGCACGAUAGCCGGAAAAAAGAUGGAACCACAUUGGUAAUAGAACCGUUACCCAUAAAUGAACUUAUUAAAGAGGAGCCAUCACUGAUUCUGGACGUUAAGGAUGAGAUUAACACAGUAAACACAGUGGAUACACAAAAAUGCCAACUGGGCAAAAUUGCAUCAAAACAGAAGAUGAAACCGAAGUCUGGGACAAAUAUGAUCCCGGAAAUUCAGCUAACCUCUACUGUGUCAAAAAAUGCUCAAAGACCUAGCAAAAAAAAUUGUUCAAAAAAGAAAACCACUGAGAUCACAGCAAAUAUCCACUCGAAAGAUACAUUUGACGUACUGGUAUCUGAGCCCCAACCACCAGACACCAAAUUCUCAGCUAAUGUGCCUAAAAAGCGUUGGCAAAAGUUUGACCAAGUCAGUGACAAAGCGUUACAUGUAGUCAAAGGUACUUGUAUUCAAGAAACAGAACAAUUACCCUCAGAAAAUUGUGAUGUUUUGGUGGGCGAUACAAAUAAGUCUUGUCCUUUUGUGCCUGGGAAGGAAGCUACCAUCAAUGCAUCUGAAAAUACUCAAGGCAACUGUCAAAAAAAUGACAUCCCAACAGAAUGCAAACGUAUUAGAAAACCUAGCAAAAGACUCAUAGAAUGGACAGAGGAAUACGAUCAAUUGUUUUCCACUAAGAAGAAAGCAAAAAAGAAAUCUGAGUCCUUUACUAAGGUUGAAAACAAUAACUCCAGUGGCCCAGUGGAGAAAACAUCUGGCGAAAGUAUACAGAAACCUCAGGUGACAGAACAAGGUGUGUCAAGACCCCUGCCUGGAUUACAGACUCCUCCUCCAGAAGACCUGUCUCGGAGCACAGUAAAUCCCACGCCAUGUCAAGAGAGGCAGGUGUUGUCUGUAGACACUCUUACUCCACCUCCAGAAACAAUCCCAUCACCACGUGCUGAAAUUUGUCAUAAGGAGGAGCUUCAAAAACAAAAUGCUAUAGCUAUUGGUGAUGGUGUGUGUCUAAGCACAAAGAGACAACGGAAACCAACCAAAAAGAUUCUAGAAAGCUCCAUAGAAGCUGAACCAAUUCUUGUGCCAAAAAGAAAGGUGAAGUCACAAAAGAUUUCCUCAUCUGGACAAUCUGCAAAUUCAGGGAUGGGACAACAAUCAUCAAAAAGUAAGAACAAGCUGUCUUUUGAGUCAGUCGACACACCAACUGCCCCAAUCCUAAAAAGCACAGAAAUGGAGACAGAAGUUGCCCUUGCAACACCUCAUGCAGUUAACCCAGAAUCAGCUGAGGAUGGUUCAGACGAUCUCAAAUGCUCAGGUCCAGAGAUGGUUGAAUCUAGUUAUGGCUUGUGUUCUGAAAGAGAAGAAAAUUCACAAUCCGAUGAAGGAGUCUCUGAUAAAAGGCUUUCAGUGGAGAAAGGUGGCAGCACUUUACUCAAGGAGAAUGUGUGUCAGGCAUGUGAGAAGCAGGGAGACCUCCUUCUCUGUGAAGGGCAAUGCUGCGGGGCAUUCCAUCUACAAUGCACUGGCCUGAACGAGCCUCAUGCAGAGAAAUUUUUAUGUCAGGAGUGCACCUCUGGUAUACACUCAUGCUUUUCUUGUAAGAACCUGGGUGAGGACGUCAGGCGCUGUAUGCUUCAAGGAUGUGGGAAGUUCUACCAUGGGGAGUGUGCUGCUAGCCAUGGACCCACAGUACCUCUGAACCGGGCCUUUCGUUGCCCUCUCCAUGCCUGCCUGUCGUGUUUCAUCACAAACCCUACCAAUCCAUCUGUAUCUAAAGGCCAGCUAACCCGCUGUAUCAGAUGCCCCGUGGCAUAUCAUGCCAAUGAUUACUGCAUACCUGCUGGCAGUGUCACACUCAGCGACAGCAACAUAGUGUGUCCCAAUCACUUCACACCAAGAAAAGGCUGCCGCAACCACGAGCAUGUCAACGUCAGCUGGUGCUUCGUCUGCUCAGAAGGAGGUAGUCUGCUGUGUUGUGAGUCAUGUCCUGCGGCGUUUCACCGAGAGUGUCUGAACAUCGACAUGCCAGAAGGCAGCUGGUACUGCAACGACUGUCGUGCCGGAAAGAAACCGCACUACAAGGAGGUAGUUUGGGUAAAAGUUGGCCGCUACAGAUGGUGGCCGGCAGAGGUUAGCAAUCCCAAAGACAUUCCCGAGAAUAUCCUACGCAUGAGACAUGAUGUCGGAGAGUUCGCGGUUCUUUUCUUUGGCUCAAAUGACUACCUGUGGACUUACCAAGCCCGUGUUUUUCCUUACAUGGAGGGCGAUGCCAACAGUAAGGAGAAGAUGGGAAAGGGAGUUGACUCUACUUAUAAGAAAGCAUUGGAAGAAGCUGCAGUAAGGUUCAAAGAACUGCAAGCUGAGAAAGAACUACGGCAGCUGCAAGAGGACCGACGAAAUUACAAGAAACCUCCACCAUACAAACAUAUUAAGGUGAACAAACCAAUUGGCAAAGUGCUGAUCAUUUCGGCAGACCUUUCGGAAAUUCCUCGCUGCAACUGCAAAGCGACGGAUGAGAACCCCUGUGGUAUGGAUUCAGAGUGCAUCAACCGCAUGCUGCUGUACGAGUGUCACCCACAAGUGUGUCCCGCAGGUGAGCGCUGCCAGAACCAGUGCUUCACCAAACGACAGUCCUGCCAGGUGGAGAUCUUCAGAACGCUGUCUCGAGGCUGGGGGCUGCGCUGUGUUCACGACAUCAAAAAGGGAGGAUUUGUUAACGAAUAUGUUGGAGAGGUGAUUGACGAGGAAGAAUGUCGUGCCCGGAUUAAACAUGCUCAGGAAAACAAUAUCGGCAAUUUCUACAUGCUUACAUUGGACAAGGAUCGAAUUAUUGAUGCCGGGCCCAAGGGAAAUGAAGCCCGUUUUAUGAACCACAGUUGUCAGCCAAAUUGCGAGACUCAAAAAUGGACAGUCAACGGAGACACACGUGUUGGGCUUUUUGCGCUUACAGAUAUCCCUGCUGGCACUGAGUUAACAUUCAACUAUAACCUUGAGUGUCUGGGCAAUGGGAAGACGGUGUGCAAGUGUGGUGCAUCUAAUUGCAGUGGAUUCCUGGGAGUGAGGCCAAAAGGUGGACAUGUUAAGCUUUGGCAAAGCAAACAUCAACUCUGUGUCUAUCAGAACAACCCCCCAUCAGAUGAUAAAGGCCGGAAGAUGAAGAAGAAGUCUCAGAUGAAGCGUAAGUCCCAGCAGGAAGUAAUCAAGGAGCGAGAAGAUGAGUGCUUUAGCUGUGGAGAUGGAGGACAGGUUGUGUCCUGUAAGAGGCCAGCCUGUCCUAAGGUUUACCACGCCGACUGCCUCAAUCUCACCAAGAGACCUGCAGGGCGUUGGGAGUGCCCUUGGCAUCAGUGUGACUUGUGUGGGCAGGAAGCAGCUUCCUUCUGUGAGAUGUGCCCUAGCUCCUAUUGUGUCGAACAUCGAGAUGGCAUGCUUUUUAUAUCCAAACUGGAUGGCCGCUUGUCAUGCAGCGAGCAUGACCCCUGUGGCCCCGAGCCCCUGGAGCCUGGCGAGAUCCGGGAAUACCCCCCGGAUCUCAUGACAACAUACCCUAUUAACGUCAUCAAAGCUGCCAAAACCAAAUCCACAACCCUAAAGGAUACGGCUGUCCCGCAGGCUCCCUCUCCCCCUGAUGUAGCCCCUCAGGUGUCCUUUAGCCCCUCCAGAAGCCCUCCACCAAUUGACAUCUCUUUAAACUGUGCAUAUUCACCAAUUUCUCCGUAUGGAGAAGAAAAAGCAGAAGAGGAAGAAAGUUUGAUACAAUUAGAAGGCGAUGGUGAGAAGAGCGUAACUCAAGAUAAUUCGGAACGGUUGAGGAUAAAGAAGAAAACCGAAGUAUGAAGGUUUAAUCUAUUGAAGCAAACUGACCUGAGGUUUACAUUUCCCAACAGACCUCUUUAUAGCCAUGCUUUCACUACUUUCGCUGAGGCUAUCUGAUGUACAUUAACGUUUCGCUACAACAUACUUGAAGAUGGUACACAAAAUGGUUUGCAUCCCUGUCAGUAAUCCCUUUGAUGAAGACGACAUAGACUGAUGAAGAUGACAAUGUUUUCGAAAAAAUGGUUUCAAACACUGAUUAAACACAACGACGUCAUGCAAUAUCAGAUUGUAGCCAAUGUCAUGUUUUUUCUUGCUACAUCUGGGACUACGAAAGAUGUUGGACAUGCCCAAAAAGGAACAAUGAAGAGAAUGAAGAUAUAGUAUUUAGGGAAGGGAAUAUAUUUUUCCUUGGAAAUUCCAUUGCCUUCUUCAAGUCAAAUAAUAAUGACUAUAAACUCAUUUACCAAAACUCAUUUGUGCUGUAUAUUUGCUCUGUGAGCAAAUGGUACAGAAUGUAAGCUUAGGGGAAAUUUUACAAUUGAGUAAGGGAUUCAUAUACACUGCCUCGUCAAAAAAAGAGUCUAGGAUUGGGUAAUUAUUGCUGUGAUUAAUAUAUUCCUGGCAUGUUGUAUGUUUGGCAACAGUUCUUUAAACCCUAACUGAUGCACUGCACUGUUUUUAUUUCUUAAACAGCCAAGUCGAAAGAUUUACACUUGUCCAUAUUCCUGGAUGACAGUGUCAAGGUUCAUUAGGCCCAAAUUGCAAAAGAUUGGCCACCACAGAGUCCUGUGGGGAAGAAUUGUGGCCAAACAUAUAACAUGCCAGAAAAAUAUUAAUCAUUGAAAUAAUCAUUCAAUCCUAAAAUCUUAAGUAUUUGCUUAUUUAAAUCCAGACAGUGACUUUUUUUGGCCAGGCAAUUUAUUAAAGCCCAAAGUAUACUUCGGUUUUUACGCAAAGGUUAUAUGCAUACAGUCACAUAAUUUCAUCAUCUGCACAGUACGCAUGCACUGUACAUGUGCAGACCAGUUUUUGUAACGUGCACAGUACUAAUUAUUUGGUACACAAGGUGGUAACAUUGGGCUAAACCAUCGUUUCAAUAGGAGACUCUAGGGGGUUAAAGAUACACACAACCCUAAUUUAAAAUAGUACCAAGAGUUUUUAUCAUUUCUAGAGAGAAAUAGUACUGACAUUAGACAAAAAUUAAAAGUUCUAGUGCAUGCUAUCAAAUGAAGUUCAUGUUGAAAUGCUGUGGCUGUACACGCACACUAAGCAUUUGCGUCAAAACUGAAGUUCACUUUGGACUCAAGAGUGCAGUAAAUUGUGAUCGUGAUUAAUAAGAUUAAAAUAUUCUAGCCAACUGUUUAAAUAACUUGAAGACUAUCAUUUUGAAGCACUUUUGUAUAAUAAUCCAAAAUUUGCCUGCUAAUAUGUUAAGACAAAAGCAGAAUAUUUACAAGUAUGCUUAUAAUUUAUUUUAGAUAACUUAGGAAAUUCCCAGAAUUGUCUUUGAAUUAAUCUUUGCCAAACUGGCACAAAAUCCAGAAGAACUUGAUGCAGUCUACAAAGAAAGUGUUCUGAUUGAUCGUAUCCACUGAAGAGACAGAUAUUCCCAAAAGUCUUUGGUGUAAAUUAUGCAGCGAAUUUAAAGGUGAACUGUGUGGUUUUUUAAAACACUUGUGGCAUCCAGCAGUUACAAAACUUUCAAACAAACAGGAAGUCCUGUCCCAACUUACACCAGUCAUUGAGAAAGUGCAACUAUGUACUAGGUCUCUCAGCUGAACUAGUCAGAUGAGUCUGUUCUAUCUUGCUGUAUAUAUUUUUUUAUACAUUAAAUCUAUAUGGAAGAAGAUAAUUAAAUACUCCCAGUCAAGUCUUUGGCAUUUAGUGAAUUCAUGUUAAAUUUUCCAUAAAGGCUGAUAUCUUAAAAGACAUACAAUUUGAACUGAAACCAUGUAGUGUAAAACACUAAUUGGCAACUAAAGCCCUCUAUAGCCUUCUGUGAAGCUAAUGUAUAGGACAAAUGAUUGUGGCUUGUUGCAUGUCUACACUCCUGAAAUUUUUCUGCUGGUUUUCCUCACCCCCAUCUAACUGAUCAAGUGUUCUUCAUAAUGAACAGCAUUUCAAUAGUUUUUUUCUUAAACUGUAUUUAUGUAUAUAAUUGCACUUAAUAGUUUUAACGCUGCUCUAAGAGUCAUUCCACUUCAGUAUAUUUCAGACAAAUUUCAGGCAAAAGGGAAAAAAAAAAAAAAUCUGUUGCCUUGUUAGAGACUUUAAUUGUGCUGUAGUGCUUUGUACAGAAUAAACAACAUUACACACUUGUUGCUUCUUUGCUGCUGUUUUUACCACCUCUGUAUAUAAUGUGAUCAAAAUUGUACUUUUCAAAUAGAUUUAUUGCAU